UUUUUUUUUUGUUUUUUAUGUGUGAGCUUCAGACUCAGCGGAGAAACAGUAACCGUCCAGCACUCAAGACACCACGGCUGCCGCACCGGAACACUUACCGGGCUAUAACCGCGUCAUAACAACCCGCAGAGAUGCCGUCCGACAGACCCUUCAAACAGAGGAGGACGUUCGUUGACCGAUGCAAAGAGGUCCAGCAGAUCCGUGAGCAGCACCCCAACAAGAUACCUGUCAUCAUCGAGCGCUACAAGGGAGAGAAGCAGCUGCCCGUUUUAGACAAGACCAAGUUCCUGGUACCCGACCACGUCAACAUGAGCGAGCUGGUCAAGAUCAUCAGACGCCGGCUGCAGCUGAACCCCACGCAGGCGUUCUUCCUGCUGGUGAACCAGCACAGCAUGGUGUCCGUGUCCACGCCCAUCUCUGAGAUCUACGAGCAGGAGCGAGACGAGGACGGCUUCCUCUACAUGGUCUACGCGUCGCAGGAGACGUUCGGCUGUUAGGGAGAGAUGAAGGGG